UGCACAUAAUAAAACGAAAACAAAAUAAAUCUGGAACUCACCCCUUUGAGACAAGGAUGAAAAUUGAAAACCAAACCCAAUGUUCAUUGUUCAUCGUCUAGACAUUUGAUUCCUCUUUGAUUAGUAACAAUAAAUUUCCCAAAUCACAUCCUUCCAAUGCGGGGAUAAUUAAUCAAACUAUUUCAUCAUAAUCAAUCCCUUUAUUUCCCAAUCGAAUAGAGAUCACUUUUUUAUUCCAAUUGGAAGGAUAAAUUAUGUAUCAAUGGCGGAAAUUUGAGUUCUUUGAGGAGAAAUAUGAAGGGAAAUUCAAAGUACCUGAGGAAAUUACUGGGGAGAUUAUGUGUUGUUCUUGUGGACGAGGCAAAGUUUCUAUCGGAUGUGAUGAUGGGACUGUUAGUAUCCUUGAUCGAGGUCUCAAGUUCAAUUAUGCUUUUCUUGCUCAUUCUUCUUCUGUGUUUUUUCUCCAACAGCUCAAGCAACGCAAUUAUCUUCUUACUAUUGGUGAAGACGAACAAGUAUCUCCCCAGUCGUCAGCUAUGUGCCUGAAAGUUUUCGACCUGGAUAAGACACAAAUGGAGGGUACAAGCACAAGUGCAGCUGUUCCUGAUUGUGUCCAAAUAUUACGUAUUUUCACUAACCAGUUCCCUGAAGCAAAGAUUACGUCCUUUUUAGUGCUAGAAGAAGCCCCUCCAAUACUUUUCAUAGCGAUUGGAUUGGAAAAUGGCAGCAUCUACUGUAUCAAAGGUGACAUUGCACGUGAACGGAUUACCCGAUUCACGCUUAGGGUGGAAAAUGCCUCAUCGGGUAAUGCUGCUAUUACUGGAUUUGGAUUUAGAAGUGAUGGUUCAGCCAUGCAACUCUUUGCAGUAACCCCAUCUUCUGUUAGUGUGUUCAACCUCCAAUUCCAACCUGCGAAAAGGCAAACCUUAGAUCAGAUUGGUUGUGAUUCAAAAAGUGUUGCGAUGAGUGAUCGCUCGGAGCUGAUAAUUGGUAGGCCUGAAGCUGUGUAUUUUUACGAAGAUGAUGGGCGUGGUCCUUGUUGGGCAUUUGAAGGAGAGAAGAAGUUUCUUGGAUGGUUCCGUGGAUAUCUUUUAUGUGUGAUCGCCGAUCAAAGAACUUUUAAGAAUACAUUUAAUAUUUACGACCUAAAGAACCACUUGAUAGCACAUAGUGCUCCAGUUAAUGAGGUUUCACAUAUGCUCUGUGAAUGGGGCAACAUAAUCCUCAUCAUGGCUGAUAAAUCCGCAGUUUGUGUUGGAGAGAAGGAUAUGGAAAGCAAAUUAGAUGUGCUUUUCAAGAAAAAUCUCUAUUCUGUGGCUAUCAAUCUUGUUCAAACUCAGCAAGCCGAUGCUGUAGCUACUGCCGAAGUGCUUAGAAAGUAUGGUGAUCACCUAUACAGCAAGCAGGAGUAUGACGAGGCUAUGGCUCAGUAUAUCCUCACGAUUGGUCACCUUGAACCAUCAUACGUGAUUCAGAAAUUCUUGGAUGCUCAGAGAAUCCACAAUCUGACCAAUUACUUGGAAAAUUUACACGAAAAGGGCCUCGCAUCAAAAGAUCAUACGACUCUCUUGUUGAACUGUUAUACAAAGUUAAAGGAUGUCGAUAAAUUGAAUUAUUUUAUUAAAAGUGAGGAUGAUGGGGAACAUAAGUUUGAUGUCGAGACUGUGAUACGAGUCUGCCGUGCUGCAAAUUAUCACGAACAUGCGAUGUAUGUUGCUAAAAAGGCGGGUAGGCAUGAGUUAUACCUGAAAAUUCUGCUAGAAGAUCUUGGUAGAUAUGAUGAAGCCUUGCAGUAUAUUUCAAGACUUGAUCCAAGCCAAGCCGGGGUGACGAUUAAGGAGUAUGGCAAAAUCCUCAUAGAGCACAAAUCUCGAGAGACCAUACUAAUACUCCUGAAGCUCUGUACUGAGGAGGGAAAACCCGCCAAGAAGGGUUCUUUAUCGAUGUUGCCAUCUCCUGUUGAUUUCAUCAACAUUUUUGUACAUCACCCCAAAUCUUUAAUGGAUUUCCUCGAGAAAUACACUGAUAAAGUGAAGGACACACCUGCGCAGGUCGAAAUUCACAAUACCCUGCUGGAGUUAUAUCUGUCCUAUGAUUUGACCUUCCCGUCGAUGUCACAGUAUAGCUUAAACGGAGAUGUCAAUGAUAAAGAAAGAAUAUCAUCUGAGGUUGCGUCGUUGUCAAAAUCUUCGUCAAACGGGAAAGUAUCGUUCGAUGAUGAUAAGAGUCGUUCUAUAAGACGUGAGAAAGGGCUGCGCUUGCUUAGAAGUGGGUGGUCAUCUGACCAGGAAAAUCCACUUUACAAUGUUGAUCUUGUUAUUAUCCUGUGUGAAAUGAAUGCAUUUCGAGAAGGGCUUUUGUUCCUUUACGAGAAAAUGAAAUUGUACAAGGAGGUGAUUGCGUGCUACAUGCAGGCCCAUGAUCACGAGGGAUUGAUUGCGUGCUGCAAGAGGCUGGGAGAUUCAGGUAAGGGUGGAGAUCCCACUCUUUGGGCUGACCUUUUAAAAUAUUUUGGUGAACUUGGAGAAGAUUGCACCAGAGAAGUUAAAGAGGUCUUGAAAUAUAUCGAGCGAGACGACAUUUUGCCACCUAUCAUUGUUGUUCAAACAUUGUCCCAGAAUCCAUGUCUUACUCUAUCCGUAAUAAAGGACUAUAUCGCUCGGAAACUUGAACAGGAGUCAAAGCUUAUUGAAGAGGAUAGGCAGGCAGUUGAGAAGUAUCAGGAGGAUACUUCGGUAAUGAGGAAAGAAAUUGAGGAUUUGAGGACAAAUGCAAGAAUCUUUCAGCUAAGCAAAUGUACUGCGUGCACCUUCACUCUCGAUCUUCCAGCGGUCCAUUUUAUGUGCAUGCACUCGUAUCAUUUACAUUGCCUUGGCGACAAUGAAAAGGAGUGUCCUGUAUGUGCUCCAGAGUACAGGUCCGUGCUGGACAUGAAGAGAAACCUAGAACAGAAUUCUAGAGACCAAGAUCAGUUUUUUCAGAAAGUUAGGAACUCCAAAGAUGGAUUCUCUGUUAUUGCUGAUUAUUUCGGAAAAGGGAUAAUCAGCAAAACCAAACCCGAUGAAAAUAAUUCUUCAACUAGCGGAUUUUGAGGGUGUGUUGAUUGGUACUUUAGUUUUUGACUUGUUUUCAUAAAACCUUAUUGGUUACCCCCAAUCACCAGAGGACUGGACCAGACUGGGCCGGAUCGGAUUACAUUGAUGUCUUUUGGGAUUGUAUACAGUAACAAAGUUGGAUUUCACUUCCCGAUUUGUGAUUUUUUCAAUGCUCAGCUCACCAACAUCUUGAACUUGAUUUCUGAAGGGAUGUUCGGCUUACUUGGAGAUUUUUGUUUGCUGAUUUGUCGAGGAUUGAACAUCGGUGCAUUUUUGAGUGUACUUGUUCUUGCAUAUUUGCGCGCGUCUGUUACUGUUAAUCGAAUGUAUGUAUUAUACUUUUCACCUGGUGUUUUCCUUUUUUAUUUACUCCUAUGUGUUGAAUGUACAAUCAUACAAUAGAUGAUACCCUGAAGCUGCUUCAGUGGUAAUUUUUGGGAGUGUUAUUAUAUAUCUCAUUCAUGAGCUUCUUGACGUGAAAUAA